UUCCUUUCUUUUAUGCAGUCGGCGAAGUGAAUCGAACUUGAUCAUCACGGUUUUGGCCCAAAUUGUGUCUCCUGAUCUACGCAUAGCUGUUUCUAGCUCGAGCCUGCUGCACUUGCUGCCGGAGUCUUUACAAGGCAUGGGAGCGUGCAAUGAGGGGAUGCGAAAGCUCUUGAUGCCUGCCGAGGGCAGCUGCACACGAGACUGGGAAGGCUUUGGAGAUGUCGAAGAAGGCAGUUUGCUGAUGAUCGGCCACGUCGGCAUGCCUUGCUUCUCCCAAGAUGCUACGCGACGACUCUUUUUAGAGGGCAUGGGAGCUGCAAACUGUGAACCAUUGCAGAUCGGCGCCACAGGACUCAGGCUACAGCAGAUAGAUGGGCCUGCUGAAGCAUCAACUUGGCCAGGGCAGAUGUACAUUUGGGUCGAGCAAGUUCAGGAAACCUGGAAGAGGUGUAGGUCCAUGGACGACGAGGUGGUGGAGUCUGCGGUGUGCUGCCACGACGAGCGCGCAGCGGACGCGCUGGUGCUGCGAGAUCCCGGCACGCAGAACGCUGUGGUGGUGAAUCAGGCACCAAAGGGUUACACCAAGUCUUUGCGACAAGCCUUGGGCAAGAAGGUGGAGGCCUCCAAUGUGGUGUGCCUCAUGGACUUGCUGUGCCUCGUGCCCGUGGGAUGCUCCGCACAGUUGGUGGGUUUUUAUCAGCGUUUCUUAUCCUGUCAAGUGACCAAGUCCAACGAAGGGUACCGUAUCCACUUCGGAGCAGGAGACUUCCUUCGUCAGACCUUCACUUUCAAAGACGAUGAAGCGGCCAUUUGGUCUGGCUCGAGCUCCGCGAGCUCUGCGAGCCGCGAGGUGUGCUUCUACGUGGCUUCGGCGGCCAAGUUCCGGAUUGCUUUCUCCAAGUGCUUCCAAGCUGGCUUGGUGAGCACCGAGUGGCAGGCGGUGGAACGCCUUGGCGAGUUUUCCUUCGACCGAUGCGUGGAUGCCAGCGGCGGCACCAUCCUGGAGCUGCGGCAUGUGAUCCGAUCCCCGUGCCAUGCAGACUGCGCGGUGACGCCGGUGGACUCGACGUUGAUGGGCGCCUGAUAGUCUAGGUCGGAGGUCCACGUCCACGAAGGCAGUGGCUGAUUUUUAUGACAAGGACAAACCGGGUUUAAGACUCCAAAACACAUCACAG